ACUCAUUCACGUGACAAGUCACAUGAUGGAGGAAAUGACGUAGAGCCACACACACCUCCGACAAAUGCGACCAGAGUGUGUCGAAUGAGAUAAAUCGUAUGCGACGAUAUGUCAUAUUAUUGACAUUAAAGAUCAUUGCGCAACACCGGGUGGAUAUGGCGCUCCGUGAUGCCAGUAAGAUCGAGGAACUGCUGGAGCUGUACGAGGAAGAAGACCUGCUGUGGAACACCACCCAUGAACACUACUACCGCAAGGACAAGCGUAGACAAGCUCUCAACAGAAUCAGUGCCAUGCUGGGCAUCAACGCUGUUGAAAUCAACAAGAAGAUCACAAAUCUGAGAACAUAUUACAGCAAAGAGGUGAACAAGAUGAAGAGGUCAAAGGCCAAGGGCUCAAAGGGAGAUGACUUGUUUGUGUCCAAGUGGGAGCACUUCAAGACUAUGGACAGAUUUCUCUACCCUUUCAUACAGGGAAGGAAACACAUGGACCUGUCAGAGGAGGAUGAUUCCGGUGAUUUAGAUGACGAGACAGCAACCAAUGGGUACCAGUCUCUGAAACUGGAGAGCCCGGAUGUUCCACAGCAGGAUGACACUACGAGCAGCUCCAGGAAUCUGAGGAAGAGGCGCUGUCUGGAUGAAGGGACAGACGAAUCAUCUAGAACUCAUGCAUGCACCAGAGACAGAUCCCACCAGACGUCUCAAAAACAUUCUGACUAUCAAUCUCCGUCAGACACGUUUGUCGACUCUACCUACUGUAACGAAUCUCCUUCACAGACCAUGGCUUCAGCAAGUUCAGAAGAUCGUGAAGAUGUAUUUGGCAGACAUGUUUCACAUGAACUUAGAUUGAUAACUGAUCUGAAGACACGACAGUUGGUGAAGUUAAAAAUACAGAAUAUAUUAUUCGAGGGUCAGUUCGGUUCACAGUCUGCCAUAGGGUCCAGCACAGAUGCUAUAGACAACUCGUUCCAGGUGCUGCACCCUGUUGACGAGCACCAGAGACAGAUAAGGGGAGAUAACUUUCAUGCACAAAAUUUUGAUGACCAAAAUGCUGCCAAUGAAUGAAGUGACUCAGAUGGGUAGUGAGAAUAUUUGACAAUAUAUACAACUAACUGUAUGCACACCGACCCCACAGUAGUGUAGAAAAAUAGAAAUAAAAUACAUUUUUCCAUA